AUGACUUCGGGGGUUAACCAGACGGUUAUAAAAAAUCCAACAUGGUGGAAACGAAGGACAAGCAUGGAAAAAUGCCUCACAUUAUCCACGGGCAUAGCUCUUCUCGUCGGAAUCUCAUUAGUGAUAGCUCUUGCCACUGUUAUAUGCACUAGAAAUCAAGCCAGCCAUACACCUUACGCGGCGCAACCCCUGCAAGGCAAAAUCGUCACCAUCACAUCCCCGCAGGACGAUGAACCCAGGAAAGUGUGCCUGACACCGGGCUGCAUCCACACCGCAUCCAGAGUCCUGGAAUACAUGGACGAAACCGUCGAUCCGUGCGACGACUUCUACCGCUUCACCUGCGGCAAUUUCAUCAAGAACACCAACAUUCCCGAUGACAAAUCGUCGGUGACCUCGUUCAGCAUCAUCAACGACCUGCUGCUCGAGCAGCUCAGGACCAUGAUAGAGGAACCCAUCGGGCCAAACGAGCACAAACCCUUCCAGCUGACGAAGAAGUUCUACAGGGCCUGCAUGAACAAGACCCUCAUAGAGGCCGACGGGAUGAAGACCAUCAACGACAUUUUGAAGGAAUUGGGCGGCUGGCCCGUUCUGGAAGGCUCCAAAUGGAACGAUGCAGACUUCGAUUGGAAGGAAUCGGUUUACAAAUUCCGAAGAGUAGGCUACGGAGUCGAUUAUUUCAUCGAUUUUUCGGUUGUCAGCGAUGUCAAAAAUUCCACCAGGAGGGUCAUAGACCUAGACCAGGCUUCGUUAGGCUUGAGGCGCGAGUUCCUGAUCAAAGGCUUCGAAGAUAAGAUAGUAAAAGCCUACUACGCUUACAUGGUGGAUCUGGCUGUUCUGUUCGGCGCCGUUAAGGAAAGGGCCGUUAAGGAAUUGAAGGAGUCGCUGCAAUUUGAAAUGGAGCUGGCUAAGAUUUCAUUGCCGAGCGAAAAACGCAGGAACAUGACGGCACUUUACAAUCCCAUGACCAUCGAGCAACUCCAAGAGAAGUUCUCCUUCAUACCCUGGACGGAAUACAUCAACAACCUUCUAGCUCCAGACGCUAAGGUCGAACCUGGGGAAUUGGUCAUCGUCAACGUCCCGUCCUACAUGAAAUCGCUGCAGACUUUGAUGGAGAAAACCCCGAAAAGGGCUCAGGCUAACUACGUCAUGUGGAGGGCGGCUGCCAAUUCGGUAUCCUACCUUAAUGAGGCUCUGAGGAAAAGGCAGCUGGAAUACACCUCAGUAAUUACUGGAAAGACUGAAAGAGAACCCAGGUGGAAAGAGUGCAUCGACAUUACAUCUGGAAGUUUGUCCAUUGCUUCGGGAGCUCUAUACGUGAGGAAAUACUUUAACGAAGAUGCCAGGAAGAACGCGCAGGAGAUGGUCAAGGAUAUUAGGCUGGAGUUCGAGGACAUCCUGAAAGUUGUCGAUUGGAUGGACGAGGCUACCAGGAAGAACGCCUUGGAUAAGGCCAAAUCCAUGACCACUCACAUAGCCUAUCCAGACGAGCUUUUGGACGACAACAAGCUCAUCGAGUUCUAUGAUGGACUGGAAAUCGACCCGGAACAGUACAUGAGAUCGGUCCUGAACCUGACCCUCUUCGGCACGAGAUUUUCCUUCAAAAGGCUCCGGCAGCCUGUGAACAAAACGGACUGGAUCACCCACGGCCGACCGGCAGUAGUCAACGCCUACUAUUCAUCAAUCGAAAACAGCAUUCAAUUCCCCGCCGGCAUCCUGCAGGGCGCCUUCUUCGACGCCGACCGGCCUCGGUACAUGAACUACGGCGCCAUUGGUUUCGUCAUAGGCCACGAGAUAACCCACGGUUUCGACGACCAAGGCAGGCAGUUCGACAAGAACGGCAACCUGGUCGACUGGUGGCAGGAAACCACCAAGACCCGCUUCGUCGAGAAGGCUCAAUGCAUCAUUGAUCAAUACGGCAACUACAGCGUACCCGAACUUGCGCUCAACCUCAACGGCAUCAACACGCAGGGGGAGAACAUAGCCGAUAACGGCGGCAUAAAGCAAGCCUAUUUGGCCUACGAGAGGUGGGCGGGGCGCAACGCGGAGGAGGAAGCCCUGCCGGGGGUGAAUUACACGGCCAGGCAGCUCUUCUGGCUGUCGGCGGCGAGCGUUUGGUGCUCGCAGACGAGAUUGGAGGAGCUCCAGCAGAUGAUCGUGACGGACGAGCACGCGCCCGACAAGUUCCGCGUGAACGGGCCCCUCUCGAAUAUGGAGUACUUUGCUAGGGACUUUAAUUGCCCCGUGGGGGCCGGCAUGAAUCCCACGAAGAAGUGCCAGGUUUGGUAA